UGCCCACUGAUGCUAUAAAAUUAAUAACUUAUCCCCUAACUAUUGGUUCCCACCUUGGCGCAUAGAGAGAGUUGUAUGGUAUUCAUAGGAUUAAGAUACGUACAUAUUCACCAAUUACAACAGAGCAGUGAGCACUAGUGAGCAGUCGCGAAAUGAUGGUAGUCUUUUAACCUGUAGACUUCUAUUUAGCUGUGCGGUAUUUUAUUUUGUUUAUGUACACUUUGAUUGGAUCCUACCGUGACACCUAGGGAGCCGAAAGAAAAAGGACGCAUUUUUACUCUUCAGGCAACAAAUAUGUCUGGACAAUUCUUAGGAUGCACGGUCUCUGUGAAAUGUGACGAAACCCUGGGAACCUACCAGGGUCAAAUUGUUGAUCUUAACGAGCAGACCGUCACCCUGACAAAGACAUUUCGCAACGGAGUACCCUACCCUUCACCUCAAGUUAUUCUUUCGGCCAAGGAUAUACUCCACAUAGAAAUAAUCUCUACCGAAGAAGCUGUUGAAACUCAAAGCAAUGUACAAACUUCGAGCAAAGUAACUGUGAGGCGACCCAUCGCCAAAAGAGCUGGCCGAUCUGUUUCCGAAUGUAUUCCUCCUCUGGUGAUACCCAAUGCUGAAGUCCAGCAACAAUCAAAUCCAAGAAAGCCACUAGAAUCUAUUCAGUCACACUCAGAACCUCCGUCUAAUGGCAAAAUUAAUCUCGGAGAAACAAGUACUAAGAACCAGAAAAGAAAUUCUCAGCGACAAAGAUGGCAAGAAAGGGAUGAACAAGCUUUUGGGACUCCCGUCGACAAGUCUAUGGAACAAGACUUUGACUUCGAAAAGAAUCUUGCUUUAUUUAACAAGGAGGCUGUUUGGCAAGAAAUAAAUUCACUGAAGCCAGAUAUCGUCCGACAGUCGGAAAAUAACAGAGGAAGCGUACCAAAAUACCGCCACGACGAAAACGUAAUAGAAUCUGAGCCCACAGCGUUCCGACAAAUCGUCGUGCCCUCCGCAGAUGAUCGUGAAUAUGUAACCGAUGAUGGUCUAGUCAUUCCGAGCAUCACUGUCGAACUACAUCGUCAGCUGAUCGGGGCUGCAGAUCGAUUAGGAAUCAGCUGGGAUCGCCGGGUGGAGCUGCUAGGUCGCGCAGGGGCUGAAAUUAUUCUUCAGUUAUUGGGUGGUGGACACAGAUUGAAUCCCAAUAACGCGCACCAGUGGCCGACAGUAGUCGCUCUUUGCGGCCCUCACAGGUCUGGAGCUGCAGGAGUAAAUUGCGCCCGCCAACUGUCAAGCCAUGGCGUUAAGACUGUCGUUUACGUUGAAAAUUCAGAAGACGUUUUCCUACUCCAAGAGCUUUCCUUGUAUCGGCUUUCGGGGAACAGAGUUGAGACACGAUGCAAAAAUCUUCCAGCAGUUACAGACCUCAUACUCGUUGCACUGGGCGAAGAAGGUUCUCCGCGAACUGUGACCUCUGCAGCAACAUGGGCGAAUAACAACAGAGCCCCAGUCCUGGCGAUCGAGCCCCCAUCUGCUGGUACCCCUGGAAUUAUCACUAAAUUCAGCCUUCUGGGUGGCCUACCUCUUUCUCACAGUGCCGACAAUGGAAGAUUGUAUCUUUGUAAUCUGGCUUUGCCUGCAAAGGUUUUUUCAGACGUCGGAAUAACCUACCGAUCUCCCUUCGGGCCGAAGUUUGUUAUUCCUCUUCAUUCCAAUAGCUCCUAGCAGAUUCCCAUGACGUUCGUCACUUCCGUCAAGGUGCCUUAGGCCAAAACUAUUUCUGAAACAAGGUACUCUGCUUUUUUCAAAUAUACCAAUGUUCUGUUCUCUGUCUCUUUACUAUAGCUUCCUGGAGCUUGGACAAUUAUCAAUGAAAUAUCAUAUGGUCGUUUCGUGAAACGGGAUAUUGUAUGAAAACAGAAUUAUUCGGGCUGUGUUACAAGAGGUAUAGGUAAUUUAUUUCCUUGUAAAGCAACGUCAAUUUUCAUUCAGAUUUUUUCAUUGAAAAGUUGAUAUAUUUUUAGGAGAGUAAACGUUGCUCAACGGGCUCUCAGCGAUCAAUCGAACAGCAUAAUCACCCAAUAUAGUUCAAGUUUUAUUAUUAGGCUAGUUGAAUAUGUAUUUGCAUAACGCGAGCUUAUCCUAAUUUCGAGCAUGAGGCGUUUUUACGAUAGGCGUAAUUAGGUAAUUAUUCAAUAUUGAAAUAAUUUUUAUUAGGGUAUAUAUUAAAUUAACUAUGUUUUCUUACUUGCAUUUUUGCACCGGCAGGCAAUGCUUAUAUCUAAUGUUAAAAAAUUUGUAAAUUAUUAUCAAUCGCUACUCUGUAUUGCCAUUUUUGUCCAUGAAUAACCUCUAGUCGUUGGCCGUGGAUAGUACAACUACAGAGUUUUUGAUUUUUACCAAUUCAAAGUUUAGGUUGAUAUUGACAUCGCCACAUUGUCAUUUUUCCAAAUAUCCAAUUUACUAACAAUGACGGUAUAAAAUUCGUCCUGAAACAGCGUCUCUGAAACCCUAAAUGAAUUUGUCGGCUCGUUUCAAUUAAAAUCGUGAUUCGAAGUGAACCAUUAUUGCACUCUAAUUGAAUAAAUGUGUGAUCGAUGUCCUGGAGAGAGUAAUAAGUGGUUAUAAUUUUCGUUCGAUAAGCGCCCUGUGUACGAAUUUUUAUAAAAAUAUCCAUGAUUCACUACCCAGGUUCUGGAUGGAAUAACUCUGAUUACAAUCAUUAUCAUUGCAAUUAAUUUAUUUAUAUUUUAUACAAACGGUUGUAUAUUAAAGUAUGUUUAACUAUAUAGUCUGUUGACAAAAAUAUUGGGCUGAUAUAUCAACUAUAAUAACGUUGAUUGUCUACAAUUGUACAGUCGUAUUAUUUAAUUAUCAUCGUUAUCGUCAUCAUCAUUCAUUAUAAUUAUGAUUAUCAUUUUUAUUAUUAAUAUUGUUGCUAUUAUUACUAACAUUAAUAUUACUGUGACUAUUAUCAAUGUUUAAACCGGUAAGAUGAGAUCGAAAAUCCGCAACAUUAUUCCAUAAUAGCAUGCAUGUGCACAUACAUAUACGUAUAUAUAACAACCUAAUUCAUUGUGUGUGUUUUUUUUAUACGCCGAAAUAAAUAAUGGCAGAUUGUAAGACGCUAAAAUACACCCAUGUAUGUAUAUGAACACACCAGACUUAAGAAAUAGUCGGAUAUAGGUGAAAAGGUAUAGGUAUAUGUAUACUUUACCUUGUAGAGGUAUACAAAACAAUAUACCAUGUUUACUUGUAAUACAAAACAACAUUGAUUUUCAAUGAAUAAUCAUCGUGUACAUGGUAUACUUAUGGUUAAUACCCACAAACCAUCGUGGAUUUGAUAUUGCGGGGGUGGAAACGAUCGCUGGAUUAUACAAGUAAAAAGUGAUAAUAUUGAGGCACGGGGCAGAACGAAGUCGCCAGGAAGUAUAGUCGGCUACAGAACGUGACCUGAAUAGAAUCUUAUAUAUCUAUGUAGGUAUGUAAGUACGUCCAUGGAACGACUAUAGAAUAAAUUACUGCAUAUCAA